AUGAACAAACAAGAACGCGCCAAUGAUGACGAUCCUUUGGUGCGGCUAAGUGUAUCGGGCAAAGCCUACACACUCCGAAAAGAGGUACUAGUGGAAACUGACUGGAUUUUAUCUAAGAUUGUGGACAGCGAUAUUCCAUGGAAAACGUUCGAUGAGGGAAGAUACUUUGUGGACGCGGAUCCCAUCGCUUUCAAUUGGGCACUUCAUUUCAUCCGGACCCAGUCCUUGCCGCAAGAACUCACAUCGGCGGAAUUGGAAGUCAUUCGAUCUUUGGCCGACUUUUUGUGCUUCACGCCACUUUUGGAAUACGUCCGAGGUCUCACACCGGCUCAGGAUCGGCUACGGAAUGCGAUUAUUGAGUCGAAGAUCGAGCUCAAAAGUGACAUUCGUGAGCUGAGAAGAGCGGUUGAAACACACGUUGCGGAACUGAAUAACCAACUCGACGAGCAGGCGCGAUUGACACGUAGGGUGCUUUUGGAAAUGGACUGA